GUUCUGUGGCAGGAAGCGAGCAGUAAGAAGCAAUAAAGUGAAUGAUCAAAACUACUAAACAUGUGAUUAUCUCCUGAGUGAUAACUGCGCCAUCUGUGUUGCAGAAAAGUGCAAAUCUGUUGUUGUUUUCUUCGAAGUAACUUGUAGUGCCUCUGAUUGUUACAUUGCUGUUCAUUGUUCGAAAAUUGUUGACCCGGAAGCGGGGAAUUUACGUCUUCGAGUGACUUAAAACAAGCGAAACCCGCUGGUAUUUAGGCAGAUAGUGUUAAUUAUGUUUGUUUAAAACUUAACUUACCUUUGUCAGUGUUGUCGACGUGGUCCGCGAGAACUGUUAUAUAUGGCUAUAAUAAUGUGUCGUAGUGGAUGAGUGAAAUCCGUUCAGCUGACGGUAGAAGAGGGUGCUGUUUGUUUAUCAUCCAUAGCCCGUGUGUACUUCAAGCGCAGGAGGCGUAGAAAAGAGAUACGGAGUUCAUAAUAGCAGUACACCCAUAUAGGUAUCUACAUUAUAGAGUGCGGCGGCUUGUCUGUUGACUCAUUAUUUAGACUACAUAUAGGUACGAAUUAUCUCGCCAGCAGACCAGCAAAGUGUGUGGAGGGCGAGGUAGUCAUCAUCUCCGUAUUCUCCGCCACCAAUGCCCAUCAGUUGUGUCAAGUGUGUGAAGCUCGUUGCAUCAGACCGGGACCGGGACAUCCUCCAACCUACGGUGUGAUAAUUCUGCAACUGCUGGGAGCAAAGCGGAGCAAGAAGUUAUACGUGUGAUAAUAGUAAUUUGUUUUAGUGCAAUUUUCUAAUUAAUGGCUGCCCAGCGGGACGCCAUCUGGUGGGAGUGAAAGUGUCAAGUGCGAGCGUGUCAAAGCAACCGGCGCUGCAUCAGCAAGGAGAACUGCAAAUUUACGACACAGUCAACGAGAGAUUACCCGAGUCCCACCGCAGUAUUUGCGGUAUUUCCGUUCGUGUCUAGUGAAGAAAGUGUGUAACGUCACAAAGAGUCCGAGAAAAUUUCAUUCAAAACUCAAAAGUACGGGAUUAUUACUUUUGCUCUAGCAGAGCAGUAGCACCACCACCAGCAGCAGCAGCAGCCGGUGCGGUUUUUGCAUGAAGAAAGGACCAAACCGUCUCGUCGUACGUGCAUCCGAUUCAGUGACGACGCACCCCGUCGUCGUGCCCUCGGUCGUGCCGUAACCUUCGUCGUAUCCAUUUAGUAGCAAACCGUGCACAGCUGCAGCUUCCAGACCUAUCACAACGUAUGCAUUCACCGCACGAAAUUGACUACGACGACGACGACGACGACAACGGCUAUUACUUCUACGCCAACGGCCGCGACCGCAUUCGCAUUUGCUGCCGGUGCACUCGUCGAGGAGAAAUUGCUAAAAUAAGGCCAUCAACGUCCAGUCCCAUCGUCGUUGUGACAAACGGCCUCAUCGAUAGCAACAACAACAACAACAACAACAACAGCAGUGAUCACAGACGGCGGCGGCGUCGCCGACGACGACGGCGGUCGUUCACGUUCAACGUAACCUAGAAAAGUUACACACACUCAGUGCACUUCUGCAACAAAAUUUCCAUUUUAGCACGUCGCGGUGAUCGCGCGAUCGCGUUUUUCUGUUGUUGUCGCGCGAUGAUUGUUGAUGAGCGUCAAGAUUUAUUUGUCAUUUGCCAGUGAUAGAGAGGGACGGGAGGACAAACAGACGAAUGGUCGGAAAUCGGUGUGAAUAAUUAAUGAUUUAUGGUUCAAACAAACCGUCAUCAGGAGCAUUACCAUCAUCAUCAUCAUCAGCAGCAUCAUCGUCGUCGUCGACAGUGUCGGAGAGUUCGAUGAAGUCCAAAGUUCAAACUAGCAUUAGGCAGAGCACACCCUCGUUGGGCCGAUGGGGCCGUUCGACGCUGAGCUCCAGUCCGAUUGCCAUUCCCGGCGGGGGUGGCAGCGGAGGUGGAGGAGGGAGCAGUGGAAGUCCAGAAUAUGUCAGUCCUCCGCAUAGUCCCAACUCGCCGCCACCGAUACCACCACGACCUGUGAUACGACAGUCCAGCUUUACCAAGAUCGGCUACAUGAUCAAUACGGCCGUCAAUGGGACCAAGAAGCAGUUCAUCAGCAGUACCAGUGGCAGCGGGGGCAAUGGCGAUACAUCCUGGUGCUUUUCACAGAUAAAGGGUGCCCUCGACGACGAUGUCACCGACGCGGACAUCAUCUCGUGUGUGGAGUUCAACCACGAUGGCGAGCUGCUGGCCACCGGCGACAAGGGCGGCCGAGUUGUCAUAUUCCAGAGAGAUCCUGCCUCGAAAUCGUCCACCCCGCGGCGCGGCGAGUACAACGUCUAUUCCACCUUCCAGUCACACGAGCCCGAGUUCGACUAUCUGAAGUCACUAGAAAUAGAGGAGAAAAUCAACAAGAUCCGAUGGCUGAAGCGCAAGAACCAGUCGCACUUCCUGCUGUCGACCAACGACAAGACGAUAAAGCUGUGGAAGGUCUCGGAGCGGGACAAACGGGUCGAAGGGUACAACACGCGGGAGGACAACGGCAGCGUGCGUGAUCCGUCGUCGAUCAGCGCGCUGCGGGUGCCAGCGAUAAAGCCAAUGGACCUGAUGGUGGAGGCGUCGCCCCGUCGGAUCUUCGCCAAUGCUCACACCUACCACAUCAACUCGAUAUCGGUCAACUCGGACCAGGAGACGUACCUCUCGGCGGACGACCUCCGGCUCAACCUGUGGCACCUGGAGAUCACCGACCAGAGCUUCAACAUCGUCGACAUCAAGCCGGCCAACAUGGAGGAACUGACGGAGGUCAUCACGGCGGCCGAGUUCCAUCCGACCGAGUGCAACGUGUUCGUGUACUCGAGCAGCAAGGGUACAAUUAGGUUAUGUGAUAUGCGCUCGUCCGCGCUCUGCGACCGGCACGCGAAACUGUUCGAGGAACCGGAGGACGUGGACAUCACCAACAAGAGCUUUUUUCGCGAGAUCAUCAGCUCGAUCAGUGACGUCAAGCUGAGCAACACCGGCCGGUACAUGAUAUCCCGAGAUUAUCUGAGUAUUAAGGUGUGGGAUCUGCACAUGGAGACGAAACCGAUCGAGACGUAUCCGGUGCACGAAUACCUCCGCACGAAGCUGUGCUCACUGUACGAGAACGACUGCAUCUUCGACAAGUUCGAGUGCUGCUGGAACGGCAACGACAGUUCGAUCAUGACCGGCAGCUACAACAACUUCUUCCGCGUGUUCGACCGCAACAGCAAGAAGGACGUCACGCUGGAAGCGUCCCGGGACAUCAUCAAGCCGAAGACGGUCCUGAAGCCGCGCAAGGUCUGCACCGGGGGCAAGCGGAAAAAGGACGAAAUCAGCGUCGACUGUUUGGACUUCAACAAGAAGAUCCUGCACACCGCCUGGCACCCCCUCGAGAACAUCAUCGCCGUCGCCGCUACCAAUAAUCUAUUUAUAUUUCAGGAUAAGUUUUAGCUAAUAGUAAGCGUAGUAGUAAUAAUCAAUUAUAAAUGUUUAGGCUGAAACAAACAAAAAAAAAGGGAAGAGAAGAGAUGCAAGAAACUGAUCAAGAGUGGCAGAGCGUCAGCGAACAAUACGAUCGAUGAUGGGUAUGAGAGGCCGAAAGUGGUACGCAGAUUAGUAUUGAGCGCAGGAAAAUGCAGAGAGUUGAAUUCGAGAAGCGUAAUAUAGCAAAUAGAAUCAUGGUGGUAUAUUUCGAAUAGAAAUGAUACAAGAGAGGAGAAGUUAUGAAAUUAAAACACAACAACAAACAAUGUGAAAGCUUUUUAUAAUAUACCAUAAAUAGAGGAGAAACAAAUACAAACAAACGGAGAACUCACACAUAAACAGCAGCAUAAAGGAGAAGCAAGGAAGGCAAAGAAAAAAAAACAAUUAUUAUUACAGAAUUAUCCUUAAUUAAACGAAAAGUAGCAAGCAGAGCAAAAGAUAAAAAAAAAACAAGAAAAUCAACAAAAAAUAAAUGCAGGACUAAAAAAACACACACACAGAAAAUUGAGAUAAGAAGACGAGUGCAGCAGCAGCAGCAGCAGCAACAACAAAAAUAAACACAGCAGCGGCGCAUGUAAAUCGUGUAUGGAUGCAUGUAUGAAUGGGGACACGAUUAGAAAAGUGUGCAUGACGGACGGAUGGAUGUGUGAUAGAUGUAAAAUGUUUAAAAAACAAACACAAAAAAAAAUAGGAAGAAAGGAAAGGCAUGAAGGAGCAACAGCAGCAGCAGCAGCAGCAACAACAACAGCCGAAACGAUUACGAUUAUUAUCAAUUAAUUGAUAGUUUAGUCUUAAAUUUGAUCAUCUUUAUCAUCCAGUAACAACAAAAGCAGCCACAGCAGCAGUGAGCAGAGAGUUAAUAUCGCAACGCCAUCAACAUCAACAUCAUCAUCAUCAUCAUCGUCAUCAUCAGUUUUAUUGAUUAGUCCUUUAUCGGAAAACAGUGCGAAAAUCAGUGACCCUCAGUGGGAGAAAUGAAAUCAAAACACAUAAACAAAAGUUACAAUGAAACAAGCAAAUCAUGAAGCCCCACAGAUAGUAAACAAACAAACGACAGACUUACACAAACUUAAAAUGGUACACACAUACCAACUUGUUGCAUUCUUUAUUAUUAUGAACAUAGAUUAUUGAAAGUAUUUGCUUUAAUUGGCAGGGGUCAUCUCCGCCGGAUGGCGAUGGUAUCAUACCACCCAUCCAAACACAGACUUACACAUACACACACACACACACAAACACAAACACAAUUCUGGAAAGUUCUGAAAGAGCCGCGAUGGCGGCGGAAUCUUUCUCCAGCUUUUCCUUUUUUUUUUAAUGAAAAAAAGAAGACCAUUAAUCAUGUAACAAAAAGCAAAACAAUUGUGGAACAAGAAGAAAACGAAUAUGAAGCUAAGAGA